GGUGUUGGUGAGGGAGGGGUGUUUGAGGGUUGCAGAGAAGCGCUCGGUUUUGUUUAUAUUUUUGGUGGUGGCACAGUAUUCAUUGAUUUUAAAUGCGCCAUGUUAAUUUGAUUUGUAUUUUUCAUCUGAUAUGCUGUUUCGUCUUGCUUUCAAUCUCUCAAAAACGGUCAAGACUUUCUCUCUGACUUCACGGACUCUUGCAUCGUGGUGUGAGUGAGAGCGCUGGCGCGCGCGCGCGCUUUGCGGCAGCAUGCUGCAGUUUCUGGCCAGCGCCGACGCCGUGCUGGAGGCGCACAGCUAUGUGGACGGCUACAGCGCCUCGUCGCUGGACGCGGCCCUGCUGCGUCUGGUGGGCGGCGCGCCGGACGCCGGCCGCUACCCGCACCUGGCGCGCUGGCACCGGCACGUACAGAGCCUGCAGCGGCUCGGGGAGACGUUCCCGGCGGCCGCCGCCGGCCGCUCGCUGCGCGACUGCGGUAUCGCCGUACCGGAGGGGUCGGCCGCGGUCCCUCAGCCGGCUCCGGCCGCCCAGCCCGCGGCCCCGGCCCAGCCCGCAGCCCAGGAGCGAGCCCGAUCCAAGAUGAAGGACAAGAAGGGUGGCGGAGACAAGGCGAAAGCCUCCUCGGUAAAGGAGCUCAACCCCUGGCCUGCGUAUAUCCAGGAGCGCCUGGCCCUGUGGGACCGUCUGAAGGCCAAGGCGGACGCCGAGGUGGCCGCCAAAGAGCCGCAGAAGAUAACCGUCACUCUGCCCGACGGCAAGGAGGUGGAGGGCCAGUCGUGGCGCACCACGCCCUACGACGUCGCCAAGGGCAUCAGCCAGGGUCUGGCCGACAACACGGUGAUCGCUAAGGUCAACGGAGAGCUGUGGGACCUGGACCGGCCUCUGGAGGGUGACGCCUCGCUGCAGCUGCUCAAGUUUGACUCUGAUGAGGGGAAGUACGUGUUCUGGCACUCGACCGCUCACAUACUGGGUGAGGCGAUGGAGCGUGUGUACGGCGGGUGCCUGUGCUACGGACCGCCCAUCGAGGAGGGUUUCUACUACGACAUGCACCUGGAGGAUGGACAGGUGAGCAGUCAGGACUUUGACGCGAUCGAGACUGUGAUGAAGUCGGCCAUCAAGGAGAAACAGACGUUCGAGCGGCUGGAGAUCUCCAAGGAGGACCUGCUCGAGAUGUUCCGCUACAACAAGUUCAAGGUGCGCAUCCUGGAGGAGCGCGUGAAGACGCCGACCACCACUGCGUACCGAUGCGGUCCGCUGAUCGACCUCUGCCGCGGCCCGCACGUCCGGCACACCGGCAAAAUCAAGGCCUUCAAAGUCACCAAGAACUCGGCCACCUACUGGGAGGGUAAGGCGGACGCCGAGUCCCUGCAGCGCGUCUACGGCGUGUCCUUCCCCGACACCAAGCAGCUCAAGGAGUGGCAACACUUUCAGGAGGAGGCCGCCAAGCGAGACCACCGCAAAAUCGGCCGGGAGCAGGAGCUGUUCUUUUUCCACGAGCUGUCGCCGGGCUCGUGCUUCUUCCAGCCGCGCGGCACGCACAUCUACAACGCGCUGGUGGAGUUUAUCCGCACCGAGUACCGGCGGCGUGGCUUCCAGGAGGUGGUGUCGCCCAACAUCUACAACGUCAAACUGUGGGAGACCUCCGCACACUGGCAACACUAUGCGGAGAACAUGUUCUCGUUCGAGGUCGAGAAGGAAAAGUACGCGCUGAAGCCGAUGAACUGCCCGGGCCACUGUCUGAUCUUCGACCACCGGCCCCGCUCGUGGCGCGAGCUGCCGCUCCGGCUGGCCGACUUCGGCGUGCUGCACCGCAACGAGCUGUCAGGAGCGCUGUCCGGCCUGACGCGCGUGCGCCGCUUCCAGCAGGACGACGCACACAUCUUCUGCACCCACGACCAGAUCAAGUCUGAGGUGAAGGGCGCACUGGCGUUCCUCAGGGACGUGUACUCGGUGUUCGGCUUUUCGUUCCAACUGAACCUCAGCACCCGGCCAGAGAAGUUCCUCGGAGAGGUCGAGCUCUGGGAUGACGCUGAGAAGCAGCUGAAGGAGUCGCUGGACGACUUUGGCCAGGAGUGGCAGCUGAACCCUGGCGACGGCGCCUUCUACGGGCCCAAGAUCGACAUCCGCGUGCUGGACGCGCUGCGCCGCUACCACCAGUGCGCCACCAUCCAGCUGGACUUCCAGAUGCCGAUCAGGUUCAACCUCAACUACAUCAGUGAGAGCGGCGAGAAGAAGCGCCCGGUGAUCAUCCACCGCGCCGUGCUGGGCUCCGUGGAGCGGAUGAUCGCCAUCCUCACCGAGUCGUACGGCGGCAAGUGGCCCUUCUGGCUCUCCCCCCGCCAGGCGGCCGUGGUGCCCGUCGGACCCGCCUACGACGCCUACGCCGAACAGGUGCGGGACCAGGUGCACGCCGCCGGCUUCUGCUGUGACGCAGACCUCGACGCCGGUGAUACCAUGAACAAGAAGAUCCGCAACGCGCAGCUGGCACAGUAUAACUUCAUCUUCGUGGUGGGGGAGAAGGAGCAGAGCAAUGGCACCGUGAAUGUGCGUACACGCGACAACAAGGUGCACGGAGAGCACCCGGUCAGUCACGUGGUGGAGCGCUUCAAGCACCUGCGGGACGUGAAGAGUCAGCACGCAGAGGAGGAGUUCUAGCCGCGGCUCACGCACCGAGCGACGGCGACGCUCCGGACGGCCGCUGGGACAGGUUGUGAUUGGUCAGACCAUGCACUCCCGCGCACGCUCACCCCAGCACAGCCGGCGGAGGGACUGGCCGUGCCGCCAGUACCGAGGUCUCGCCAGUCCGCGCUCUCCAAGCUCCAUCCAAAGAAGCCUCCGCUGUGAUUCAUUCGAUUCCUACCCGGUAAAUCGUGACACUGCGGUGGUCUGUCGGGGUGAAUCCUGACCGGGACGGAGUCUUAGAAAAAAUAUAUGAUUGCUGGCUCUACCAUCUGUGUUUUAGUGUGGUGGAUGUACAAUGAAGUGGCCCAGCAAUGAAGGAAAAUGUUGAACCCUGGAGGUGUUUAUUUUUCGGUAUGAUCAUCGAACAGUGGAGUGUGCAAUGAAUAUAUCAUUCGAUUGAAUUAA